AUGGCAAAUGCAUCACAACCCCUGCUGCCGGCAAUGAACUACCCGCAGCUACGCCGCACCUCUACUGCUAUCCGUGUCGUGCAAGAAGAGUUCAACAUCCAAUCACCACAGCGUAAGAUAAUUUUACGUCACCUCAAAGAAGCACUGCUAGGACAAGAAGUACCAGCUCCAUUCUGGGCUGUCAUUCAACUAUGUGACCUCUCAAAGCUUGAAUACCUCGUACAGCUUGCCCACCUGUCACUGAAGAUCAUGGAUAUCAUCGCCGACCUCACGUGCAGCCUACCCUAUAAAUGGACGCAAAGGCCAUCCCCUUUUCGUGAUGUAUCGAUGGCGGCUUUUACCACGGACCCCCAGCAUCCUACCAGUGGACGUUCCAUUGCGAGAUGGAGACCUAUUCCGCCGGGAUCAAAGUACGACGCAAGACAACGCGAUCAAUACAAAUGUGUCAUCACCGGCGCUCGCCAAGUCUACCACAGUACCACGAUCUUUCCCACUGCCGCCAGCACUUCAAGCUUACAUGACGACGUGGACUUCCCCAGCCUUUGGAGGUUUGUUGAUAUUUUCUGGGGAAAAAGUACAGCUGAGCGCUGGCGAAAGGCGGUUUUCAGCAACCGCAAGGACGCUCAGCUUCCUGUCGAUGAUUGUUCGAAUUUGAUCUGUCUCCGAGAUGAUAUUCGAUCUGCUUGGUCGAAGGGUUUGUUGGCGUUACGUCCCUUCUGGAAGUCGGACGAUAAUACCAAAUUGGACAUUGAGUUUUAUUGGCAGCCAAAGAACGAUCACAAACCAUAUGACUUGAUUGAUGUGGUGAAAGAGCCAAUCUCUUCGAAGGAUGCGGAGUCCGUUGAACAGCUGAAUGUGGUGGUGCCGCAGAGGGGCGGACGCAAGUACAAGGAUAAAGACAAGGACAGUGAGGGAGAUUCACCUAAUGUGCUUAGCCCCAUCAAGUCUGGAUAUCGCUUCAGAAUGACAACGGAUGACCCCGUUGCCCGACCGCUGCCGAAUUUUGACCUGCUGGACAUGCAAUGGCAUUUCAGUCGGAUGGUUGCGUUUUCUAAUGCUGCUGCUAUUUUCCCACAUGAUGACCACGACGAUGACGAAGACGAAGACGACGACGAGGACGCCAAGACAGCCAGGCCUGAUUACCACAAGCACAGGGGGCUAAGGAUCUACCUGGAACCCCCUGACAUUGUGGGUUGGGUUGAGGAAUCGUCUACUUUUUCGUCUAGUCAUUCUAAUCUAGAUUACGACGAUGUCGUUGAAAACGACUGCUCCGCCGCGGAUUACAUUGAGACAGACUACAUUGAGGACAUUGACGCAUCGAUGAUCGGUCCUAUGCCUGGGGCUGAAGCCGGAGGGGUGCAAAGUGGUAGUCAGAGGUCAGUCAGUUCGGGCAGCCUGGGCAGCCUGGACGAUUCGGUUCGAGCAUUUGGCCAUCUAUCCAUUGACUUGUGA